AUGAUGUUAACACAAGCACUACUACAAAAAUGUCGACUAUAUAUACCCAACAGAAGCUUGUCAUUGAAGACGCUACGACAUAAAUCAUUGUUUGCCCAUAAAUCAAUUGGAAGAAUACCGACAACAUUAUACAACCAUUUAACAAGGUUCAAUCAAAAAUCAAUAACCAUCCAACCUAGAAUGGAAUACCUCCCAAUUUGUCAUAAACUAGCCCACCAAAAUGCUAGCGUAAAUACAGAAGUCAAAUUAAAGAAUUCACCAGAAAAAUUGAAACUCAUGUUGGAAACAGUCACAUUUCAUUUGCUUUCAAUAGUGGAUGGAUCAACGAAAUCAAUUACUUUUUUUGAAAACCUUCAAAAUCAUUUUAACAAAGAGCCUGCAAAUUUGGAAACUGAUGUGGAAUAUUUUUGUAUGCUGACAGGAGCAGUCCCCAAUAAGAUCCAUGUUCCCUUAUGUUGUUUUCUUUUAUUGUCAUCACAGAUGAAAAGCAAUUAUAGUGCUGAGCAUCUCGUGAAAUGGAUAAAAUCAAUUCUGUCAAAAUCAGUUAUUGAAAGCUACUCGUUUCUACAUAAUUUGGAGGAAGUGCCAGCAUUUGUAUUAUUUGAUCUAAUGUUAAGAAAUCCACAGUUUAAGGAAGAGUUUUUGCUUCAAAAGGAUAUAUGGCUACAUAACUUGAAACCAUUUGCACUACAGCGGAUAGGCCAAACAUUUAUUUUAAAAUCGAUCAUUGACAACUUGGUUUACUAUGGCAUUAUGUUUGAACUGGAUGCUUUGGCAGAAACACUAAAAACCACCUUGGACUUUUUCAAAUCAUCGAGAACUGGGGUAAAUGUGGAUUUAGGUGAUGAUUUUAUAAAUGAAUUGAUUUGGGGUACUGCUUUAUACUCAUUUAGAUAUAGCGAUAUUAAGCCGGUGUCUAUUGCCAAUGUUCAAGAACUUCUAGUGACAUACCUUAGUCUGGUGGAGAAACUAUCAUUUAAAGCAUACAUGGGAAUUACCUUGGUGGUGUCAAAAGUAUCUCGAGAGAGGGGCGAAAAGCUUUAUCAAAUUGCAGAGAGCAAAUUCCUUAACAAAGAAACUACUCUGAAAGAAAUGGUAGCCUAUUAUAUGACACAAUUAUACCUUGCAAAGUCUCCAGAAGACUUGGUUCAUACAUUCAAUGUUGCUAUCAAGAAAUACGAGUUGUCUUCCAAGCUAUGGCUAGUUUUCAUUAGAAAAAUGAGUUCAUUUGAUUUACUCGAUGAGACGAGGGCCAGUAGGAUUUUAAAGAAAAUGGUUCUGACAAAUGUGAAUAUCACUAGUGACAUUGUUACCGAACUUUCAAAGUCUGUGGUUGAUUUGUCCGUUCUUGAAGGGAUGACUCAAAUGGUUAGUACUGACAAGGCAAGAUUCUUUUUGACAAGGUACAUUCAAUUGUUGAACAUAUACGAUGGUAGUCUCUCCCAAGUGGAGUUGCCAUGGGACAAGGAAUUUGAUAAAUCGAGCGCUUACAAAGGAUUUUCUAGCAUAGCAGAUUAUACACGUUAUCUAUGUACAUUACUCCCCACUACGUCUAUUCAUCAAAUUAGUCUACUUUUGGAAAGCGAAGCAAAAAGAAACCCACAAAAUACAUUCCAGGUUUAUAAAAAAGAACUCUUAGACAAAGCAUUGUCUCCGAAUAAAAAAUGUUUAGGUGUCUUGUUAGAAGUGGCAUAUGAUCAUGGUGAUUUUGAGGCGUGGGAUAGAUACAGAGGUCCACAGGUGGCAAUUCGUGAAUUUCAGCGCCAUAUCAAGACGACAAAAACGGGAAUAGAGCCGAACGAAUGGUUAUGGGGCAAGUAUAUCAAAUUGCUCCUGAAAUACGAUUACAUUUCAGAAUUAUCUAAAAUAAUGAAAUGGUGGGAUGACUUGAAGUUUGAGCCGAGUAAGGGACUACUCGUGUUAUUAUUAUCGUCGUUGCCACGUGAAUUUUCAGAAAGACACAUAAAGCAUCACGAAAAGUUGCAACUGAAAAGAGAUUGGCCAUGGCCAAGUAUAGAAGAGUUUAACGCAUUUACUGUAAAUAGAGAUACAAUGAAAUAA